AUGCCAAGACUUAAUCAUAAUCACAAAAUCUUCUAUAAUCACCUUGAUCAGUAUUAUCACAAUUCUUCAUUAUCAAUAUUUCCAAAUGAAAUCCUAUCAUUGAUAUUUUUAAAUCUCGAUAUAGGUGAUUUAUUGAUGGUUUGCAGCGUCUCGAAAAGAUUUAAAGAUAUCGGAACUUUAUGCUUUGUCAAAAGAUUAAAAGCAAAAUCACCUGCUACUUUCAACAAAAACGGUAAUAAUUGUAUUGGAUUAUUAUUAAGCUUUGAACAAGAACAUAGAUUAAGAUAUAAUCUUGAAUUUGAGUUUGAAUCGUAUGAUGAAUUAUCUGGUAAUUUCAAAUUCAAACCUAAGCCAACACCCAGCAACAAUAAGAAAACAAUAAGAUUCAUUCAAUCUUCAAUGGUGAAAAACCCUAGUUUGUACAGAGUCGUUUUAUUUGGUUGCUCCAAGUUAAAUCUAAAAAGACAUCAUCAUCAUAAUAACGUUACCCCUACUCCAAAUUCUCAUAUCGCAACCAACCUAAUCAAUAACCACAAUGAUCACCAACAUGAUUUUUUAUCGAAAUCAAUGUCAAUGCCAAUCAAAUCCCAAAACGAACGAUUCACCAAAACUCAACAUGCUUAUCGAAUGGGUGAUGGUAUCAAUCAUCUCAAAGUUCCAUACAAAUUCACCUACUCAAUAUCCGAAACUCCGCCGCCAUCUAUGGUCAAGACUCGUAGUGGUGAACGUUGGAUUGUUCCGGAAUCGUUCGAGUGUCCGUUGGGAUUCUUCUAUCCAAACGAACCAGCCACCCAUCAAAUGAUCAUGAUGGCAAUGAUGGCUUUAUCUUAA